AUUUCCAUUGAAGAGAAAGAAAAAAAGUCUAAGCAAACACUAAAACCAUAGAAUAGUUACAAUAGUAUAGUAGUAGUAACCAAAAAUAUGGGAUUACAAAAUCAACUAAGUGACAUUUCUUCUGAAUCAAUCCCAAUACUAAUGGUGACCCUUUUCGCCAACGGCGUUAAUUAUCUCCGUUCCGUUAUCUUUACUUUCCUUCACUUCAUUGGUUUUGGUUUGGGUUUCUCUUCUUCCCGAUUAUUUCCCGAUCAGUUCGACGAUUCUUUAUAUGAAGCUGUCGGGUCCGGUCUGACCGGCGUUACUUUCCUCGCCGAGCAGCUCAAUCUGAACCGGCUGUUAUCUUAUUAUUACCAAGGGGAUGAAAAAACUGGUUCCGGUUCGGGGACUUGUGUGGUUUGCUUGAACCGGUUUGUUGAUGGUGAACCGGUGCGCAAGUUAGCAUGCCGGCACGUGUUUCACACGGAGUGUUUAGAUGGGUGGUUCAAUACGCUUAAUUUUAAUUGUCCGCUUUGCCGGUCGAGUUUGGUCUCCGAGGAGCGCGUGGUGAUCACGCGCCGUCGCGUUGCUGGUGAUUUGCUGACCUGAUUCUCGUUGAGCUGAGUGUCCAUGGUCGAUGAUGAUAUGAGACUCUUUCCUCUUUCCUUUUUCUUUUCUUCCAUUUUUUUGAUGAAUACAUUUAGAGUUAUUUCCUUGUUUUUUUAAGAACAUUUCUGACUGCCUCUUUUCUGCCACUAAAUAGUGAUGUAAAAAAGCUUUCAAUUUUGUUAGUAAGAGUACACUUCCAAUCCUCUAUGUAAAUGGGAAAACUUAUGUAUCUUUUGGGUUUUAGGUCUUUGAUAUAGUAAUUUGCUAAAGCUAUGUGUAUUUCCUAUUUA